CUGGGCAUGAUUAUAUAUGUUUCAAGAUAGAUAUCUAGAUCGCUUCGUCUAUUUAAAUCUGGCAUUGCAUACCAUUUCCACUACUCGAUUUUUAAGAAACGACUCAAAGAUAUACCUAGGUAUAUAUCGUGCGCUCUCUUAGAAUCAUAGAGCAAGUUCAGAACUCAAUAAGCGAUUCACUAACCCAUGGAAUUAACUUCCACCUCUCUCCAAUACCUGAACACCAUGAAAGCCAUCGUAUAUAAAGACCCCAACCAAGUGGUGGUGGUAUCAGACCGAUCAUUGCCCAAACUAGGCGAUCACAACAUCCUCGUCAAAACAGAGACACUCGCCCUCAACCCUACCGACUGGAAACAUAUCAGAGACGCCAUUCCAAAGGAUGACUGCAUCCUCGGCGUCGACUUUGCCGGCAUAGUUGAAGAAGUCGGUCCCAGCGUGACCAAACCAUUCCAGAAAGGUGACCGAGUAGCCGGCUUCGUCAACGGUGGUAAUUCAUAUAACAAAGAUACCGGUGCAUUUGCGGAAUAUGUGCUUGCGAAAGAAUUUACGUUAUUCAAGAUUCCGGAUACGGUCAGCUUUGAAGAAGCUGCUACCCUGGGAUGUGGAUUCGCAACUGUUGGACAGGGACUGUUUGAAAAGGAUUAUGGGUUGGAGUUGGCUUUGCCGAGUGAACCUACCAAGGAGACUGAGUAUGUGCUUAUCUACGGCGGGAGCACGGCGUCAGGGACGCUGGGGAUCCAGUUUGCAAAGCUCGCCGGAUACAAAGUCAUCAGCACAUCAUCCCCAAAGAACUCCAACCUACUCAAAAGCCUCGGCGCCGAAGAAGUCUUCGACUACAAGGAUCCCGAAUGCGGCAAAAAGAUAAACGAAUACACCAGAAACAAACUCCGCUACGCCUGGGAUUGCAUAGCCACUGCAUCAGCAGCUCAGAUAUGUGCCGACGCUCUGACCACUGAACCAGGUGCUCGUUACGGCGGAAUUAUAGGCGUGAAAUUCCCGCGUGAAGAUGUCAAGCAUACAGAUACGCUAGCGUACACGGGACUGGGCGAGGAUUUUGAGAAACGUGGACGGAAGUUUCUGAAUAAUGAGAAACAUGGUGAAUUUCAGUCAAUGUGGUUUGAGAUUGCGAGGACUUUUCUUGCGGCUGGCAGACUUCGGCCUCAUCCGGUUAGUGUGAGGCCCAAGGGCCUUGUGGGGGCGAUUGAAGGGAUGGAAACAAUGAAGAAGGGGGAGUAUAGUGCUGAGAAGUUAGUGUAUAGAGUUUCAGAGACUCCUUAGAUUUUGUUUUAGUGGUCUAGAGAUAGAAUGGAGAAUAUUCACAUGUCUAUAUACAGCCUAUCAAGGCCUGGAGGGCUGCAAACUCCUAUAUCAUAACACCACGGUUACGAAGACUCUGCUGACUUUGUCUUUCCCAGGACCUCAGACUCAUGGAUAGCAAUAGGAGCAAACCCAGCAUAAUAAUCCAUCUUUCCCAACGGCACACCUUCCUUCCUCAAGAUCCCAUACGCAGUGGUAAGAUGAAAAUAAAUAUUCGGCAGCGCAAUGAUAUGUGCAUACGUUGCCUCGCUCAUAUCUACCGGUUUCCCCGGCCCCAUCGGCGUAGGCGAAACUGAAUCCCCAAGUGCAUUAACAGUUUUCUUAUCCGCCUCCUUGACUGAUUUCAGAACAGUCUCAAUGCGCUCAUAGCAUUUGGAGUAGCUGCCGAGGUCGUGAUCAAAGUUCACUGGUUCCCGGUUCGUGAGUCUUGCGACUAUAUUCUCCGAGAAUUGGGUUGCGAGACGCACUUGGUCAGAUACCGGGUACAUAUCUGGGUAUAGACGGGCGUUGGUGAGUAAGUAGUCGGCAUUGGGCUGUUGUUCGGCUGUGUGGAGGACGUGGGUCAGGGUGUUGAGGAUACCUUGUAGGACUGUGAUGGUGCUAUCGUAAAGAGUGUAACCCAUGAUUGGUUUUGUUUGGAUAUGUGAGCUGGCUAGACAG